AUGCCAUAUAAAGUAGAUAUAGAUGAAGCAGAUGUAGCAGUAUUAAAUCAAAAUUUAUUAAAAUCAAAAGAAUUAUUUGAAAAUAUAAAUAAAUCCCUCCUUAAAAUAUCAAAAAAUACAGAAAAAGCUCAUAUAACAAUAAAACCAAUAAUAAAUAAAGUAAAUACAUUACAAAAUUCAAAAUUAGAAAUAAAUAAAGGUUUAAAUUUAUUACUGGAAAUUAAUGAAAAUGUUGAAAUUAUAAAUAAAAAUGAAAAAUUAUUAAAUAAUUCUAUUGAAAUUAUUGGAUUAGGUAAAUAUUUAACGAAUUUAUCUUUUUCAAAACAAUUAUAUUCAAAAAUUCAAAGUAAAUUUAAAAACUUUAGGGGAAUUUUAAUAAAUUUUGAAAAUGUCUUGAAUGAAAGUGAUAAAAAAUUGAAUAUAUAUAUUGAUAAUUUAUUUAAUCUUGAUAAUAAUAAACUUAUAGAUAGAAAAUUAGAUUUAAAAAUUUUAUGGGAAUAUUAUCAAUCAACAAAUAACUUAAAUUUUAUAAAUGAAAAAUAUUCAAGAAUAAGAGGUUUUAAAAAUUUAACUCAAAUUCACCUGUUGGAAAAAGAUUUAAAACCAUCUUUUAUAGAAUAUGAACAAUUUGAAAAAAAUCAAUUUAGUUAUAAUGAAUUUAUAAAAUUAAUUGAAGAAAUUAUAAAACAAGAAUCUAUAAUAUUAAAUCAAUGUUCAUUACCUUUUAAAUUAAUUGAUAAUAUACUGAAUUAUUCAAUUGAUGAAAUUGGUAAAUUAAUUAUUUCAUUUUCAAAUCAAAUAAAUAACAAUACCAAAGAAAUUAAUAAUUUAAUAAUAUUAGAAAUUAUUGAUAAUUUAAUUAGAUUUGAAUAUCAAUUAAAAAAUAAAUUUAAUAUAAAUAAUUUAAAAUUAAAUCAAUUAAUUAAUAAAUUUAUCUUGGGGAAUUCAAAUAUUUUUAAUAAAUUUAUAAGAGAUAUUGAAUUUAAAUUUUCUUCAAUUACAAGAUAUAAUGAAUCAAAUACUCAUCAAUUAACAGCAGAAUUUAUAAAUAAUGCAAGAAGAAUGUGUGAAUUUAGACAAUCUUUAUUAAAAUUAAUUUUAAAUUUAAAACCUGGUGAAUGGAUUCAAGGAAAUCCUGGUUUAAAAUAUAUUUCAAUUUUUACAUCAAUUUUACCAAAUAUUUCAAAUGAUACUUCACCUGAAUAUUUAUUAUCUUCAUAUUUUUCAGAUAUUAUAGAUUGUAUAAUUAUAAAUAUUGAAAUUGGAUUAAAAAAUCAAAGUCAAAAAGAUUCUACUGGUGGUGGUACUUCUAAUGAUUCACAACAAUACACAAAAAGAUCAAAUCAAGGAUUUUUAUUAAUUAGGAAUUUACAUUUAAUUGAAAGUAUUAUAAAUAGAUCACAAGAUUUACAUAAAAUUUUAGGUACAAUAGGACAAGAAAGAAUUUUAAAAUUAAAAAAUAGAUGUUUAAAAUUAUUUCUUGAAGAUUGGAAUAAUGCAUCAUUUAUAAUUAUUGAAAAAAUGGCAUAUAUUCAAGCUCAAAUUCAAUUAAAUAAUCCAAAUUCAAAUACUGGUAAUUCUAUACAACAAUUACAACAACAACAACAACAACAAUUACAAAAUCCAAAUUAUUCAAUGAAUUCAUUAAAUACAAAUACAACAAUAAAUACAAUAACAGAAACAAAUUUAACAAAUAAAGAUAAAGAAUUAAUAAAAGAUUUAUUUAAAAAAUUUAAUGAAGCAUUUGAAGAAGCUUUAACAAAUUAUUCAAAAUUUAAUUUUGGAGAUUUAAAUUUAAAAAAAUAUUUAGGUAAUGAAAUUAAAAAAUUAAUUUUAAAUGCUUAUUCAAAAUUAUAUGAUAAAUAUGGUUUAAGUGAUUUUACAAAAAAUAAAAUUAAAUAUGUUAAAUAUGAUAAAUUACAAAUGGAAAGAAUUUUAGAUGAAAAAUUAUAUUAA